GGCGCCAUUUUGAUUGAAGUAUUGUGUGAGAGCUAAAGCAGGAAGCACUUUGUCAGGUAUUUGCACACAUUUAAACCUGAGCUGACUGAUCGCUCAUACUGAUUGAGCCAUUUAAGUAAUUCGAAAAUGGCGACGGGAGCAAAUGCAACUCCAUUAGGGAAGUUGCACCCUAGUAUUGGCGCUAAACGAGCCUUUGAUGCCGGGCCUGGUGCGGGGAACGGGCUGAUGCCAACACCGGGGCCGCCCGGGUCCUUUCCUUCUCUACAAGGCUUCCAGCCUUCGAUGCCAAGCGCAUCUUUUCCCCAGUCUCAUCAGUUCAACCCGGGGACAAGUUUUUCGAGUCAAGCUCAACAGCAAUCUGCUGCGGGGAGCGGAAUGGCUAAACCUGAUUUCGGCCAGAAGAAGGCAAGAAAGAAGAGUCGUUGGAGCAGCGAGACGCCUGAUCAGAAGACCGUCAUACCGGGCAUGCCCACCGUUAUCCCACCCGGACUGACCCGGGAUCAGGAGAGAGCAUAUAUAGUCCAACUGCAGAUUGAAGACCUGACUCGUAAACUGCGUACAGGAGACCUGGGAAUCCCUGUUAACCCUGAGGACAGGUCUCCUUCUCCUGAGCCCAUCUACAACAGCGAGGGCAAGAGGUUAAACACCCGCGAGUAUCGCACACGAAAGAAGCUCGAGGAGGAGCGACAUGCGCUUAUCACUGAAAUGGUUGGACUCAACCCUGACUUCAAGCCUCCUGCAGACUACAAGCCUCCAGCCACCAGAGUCAACGACAAAGUUAUGAUCCCUCAAGAUGAAUACCCUGAAAUCAACUUUGUUGGUCUGCUCAUUGGACCCCGUGGUAAUACAUUGAAGAACAUUGAGAAGGAGUGCUGUGCCAAGAUUAUGAUCCGGGGGAAAGGGUCUGUGAAGGAGGGGAAGGUUGGUCGAAAAGAUGGCCAGAUGCUGCCAGGGGAGGACGAGCCUCUGCAUGCCCUGGUCACUGCCAACACGAUGGAGAACGUCAAGAAAGCUGUGGAGCAGAUUCGUAACAUUUUGAAACAAGGCAUUGAGACGCCUGAGGAUCAGAACGACCUAAGAAAAAUGCAGCUCAGGGAGCUGGCCAGACUCAAUGGCACACUGAGGGAAGACGACAACAGGAUUCUUCGUCCUUGGCAGAACUCUGAGCCACGCAGCAUUACUAACACCACCCUCUGCACUAAAUGUGGUGGAGCCGGCCAUAUCUCCUCAGACUGCAAGUACAGCAGCUCGUUUGCUGCACACAGAGCAACUGGUGGAGAGCCCCCUCAGUCAGCUCAAGACAAGGCUCGUAUGGACAAGGAGUAUCUGUCUCUCAUGGCUGAGCUGGGGGAGGCCCCUGUCCCAACGUCAGCCGGAGGACACACCAGCACCCAGGGCGCACCUCGGGCUGCAGGCCCCAACAGCACCCAACCUCCACCGCAGAACCGGCCUCCGUGGAUGAGUUCUGGUCCAGCCGAGAACAGGAACUUUCACGGCAUGCCUGGGGGACCCGGGGGGCCCGGUGGUCCUGGAGGACCUCACAGUUUUCCUCCUCCGAUGCCCAGCAUGGGAGGACCGCCUAUGCCUCCCAACCCCAAUGGCUUGCCUCCACCCUGGAUGCAGCCCCCUCCUCCUCCCAUGGGCCAGGGACCUGGACCGCAUGGACACCCAAUGGGUCUGCUGCCACCUCCAAUGGGUAUGAUGCCACCUCCACCUCCUCCCCCAAGCAGCCAGCCACCUCCUCCCCCUUCAGGUCCUCUGCCACCUUGGCAACAGCAGGCUCCACCUCCCCCUCCAACCAGCAGUAUGGCAACUAGCACACCACUGCCCUGGCAACAGAACACCACCACCACAUCUAGCCCCGCCACCGGCACCCUGCCUCCAUGGCAACAGCCCCAACAGCCUGCAGCCUCUGGAGCCCAGCCCCCACCACCCAUGGGUACGCCGUCCAUGGUGCCUCCUCCACCUGGGGUCCAGCCCCCACUACCCCCGGGCGCUCCACCACCACCACCUCCACCUCCUCCAGGCUCCACGGGCGUGAUGUAUGCCCCACCACCGCCUCCACCACCCAUGGACCCCUCUAACUUUGUCACAAUGAUGGGGAUGGGGGUACCAGGCAUGCCCCCUUUUGGCAUGCCUCCUGCCCCCCCUCCCCCUCCCCCCCAGAAUUAAGUGUGGGUCAGAGGAAUGGUCACCAUGUACCCAUAGACUGAAGUCUGUGCUCACAGAAAUGUAACCAGUGCUUUAUUUUUUAUGGAUCCAUGAUGUUGUGAACAGUGACAGGCUGUGAUUGUUCACUCUGUAACUUAAUUCCACUUCUUGUCGCUGUUUUUAACGUUUGUGUGGACACGACGCUCGGCCCAUGUGUACAGUGUCCCUCUCUGACUGCCAUAGUUUGUUACAUAAGUACAGUUAUGACUCAGCCAGCCAGCACCAGGUUUAAUGUAUGUGAAGACUUGCCUGUCAUUGGCUUUAAUAUAUCAGAGUUCAGCUUGCAUGAUCCAUUCAGACAGCUCAUUCUGUUUAAAGUAACACAUUUCUACUCUGACCUGCUCCCCAUCUUCGCUUUGAGCUGGACAAGAUGAAUAUUUUUGUAUGCAACAUAGGAAGUGUACCUUAGUUGCGUAAAACCUUUGUAGUACUAAGAUUGUUUUCCAGGGAUUCCUGUGGUUUUAAUUUUCUUCUUUGGCCCGGGUCUUGGCGGUGACACUGAGCUUUGUGCCCCCUGCACUAAUCGACUGCUCAGAAGAUCCUCGUUCAUGUAUCUCUGCUGUGAUUAGACGCUGUGUGCAGUGUUAGUGUUGCUUCUGUUUGACUUAUCUGAGUAGAAAAUUGUUCAUUUCUGGAGUCCACCGUGUAAUGUUAGCCUGAAUUAAUGUUGGUUUCAUAUUAAACUGAUCCAUGUCAA